AUGAUGAAGUUUGUGAUCCUCGCUGCUGCCGUGUGCGCUGUGGCCUUCGGUGCCCCCAGGGCCUCACACUUAGCUGCCCCCGAAGCCUCAGUUCCGUCUGACCACAAUACCACAGUUGUGCCCAUCCUUGAGGACAAGCGCACAAACGACAACAAUGGAACGUUUACCGUCAACGUGAAGACUGGCAACGGUAUCACCAUGUCCGAGUCAGGCUCUCCCUCCGGAACUAACGGUUCUGUGGUCCAGACUGGAGAAUUUUCCUACACUGCCCCUGACGGCACCCCAGUCACGGUGAAGUUCGUUGCUGAUGAGAAUGGCUUCCAGCCCCAGUCCAACAUGAUACCGGUGGCUCCUGCCUUCCCCCACCCAAUCGCCCAGUUUGUGCUGGACCAGAUCGCCUUCGCCGCUAAGGAAGACGCUGCUAGCUCCUUGGCCUUCGCUGAGGCCGUCUUUGAGAACCCAGCUUCCUUGUCAUAG